AUGAACAACUUUAUGAAAUUAUUCGCUGUUUUUGUCUUGUUUGUCCAAAUCCAAAUAGCCUUGUCUCAAUCAAAUUUGUCUCCUCCAGGACCUAAUCUUAUACAGCAACUCUGCAAAAGAAACCGUUAUCAAACUCUAUGCGUCUCUACUCUCAGUUUUGAUCCUAGAAGCAAAACCUCAAAUCUCCAAGGCCUUGCGUCGAUCUCUAUCGAUGCGACGACAAAGAAAACGAGCGAGACGUUAGCUUAUCUCAUCUCCGUUUUCCGGGGCAUUACAGAUCGCGCAGAUUUUGAGAAGUACGGAACUUGCAUUGAUCAGGAUUACGGUGCGUCUAUCAAGAGGUAUUUGCCGGCGGCUAUAGCUAAUCUAAAGGCUAAGAAGUAUUCUGAUGCGAUAGCUAACAUGCAAGACGUUGUGACGGCGGCGGGGGAUUGUGAGAACCAGUUCGCCGGACAUUCUCCUUUACCGUUGAGCCAACGUAACAAAGCCGUCCAUGAUAUCGCCGAUAUGACUAUGGACAUCAUCAAAACUUUUGUCUAG